GGCUGAUGACGUUUCCUCCCAUCGCCUCCUACCAUCCUGUCAGCCAGAGGUUACAGCAGCCGGGAAAACGCUCGCAAAUAUGUGAUAUUUCCUCAAACACUGCUGCCAGUUUAGUGUUUCAGGUAUAUUUUUUGUUCGGGUAUCUACAAAACUUCACCGCUGGUAAAAAGGAAACGUAUUCUCCGCAGCAGCUUCAAGGUUUCUUGUGGAGGUUGUUGGACGGGACAGCGGGACCAUCGACUGAGGUCUCCGGAGCAUUAUUCUACCCCCAUGCCCGCCGCGAUGCUGCCCUGUCUGCGCUCCGUCCUGCGGCCCACCCUCUCUCUGAGAGCCGGGUCUGCGUUGGCCACAGCCGGACUCAGCAGCCACCAAACCCCCGCUAUAGCGUCCUGUGCACGGAGCACCUCAGAGCCUGCUCUCUCCAUGCUGGGGCAGCGGAGGCACCUGGGCACACACCCGUUGAGGGAGAACGUGGACCCUCUCGACUCUCCCCGGGGAGCCAAGGAGUUUAUUUACACUCUCCAUCCCACCGAGAGGAGCUGUCUGCUCCGAGAGCUGCACAAGUUCGAGUCCAUAGCCAUCGCUCAAGGUCAGAUUGAAGUUUCAGCACCUACUUCAGCAGAGCUCAGAUAUAUUCUGCUGCACAACGCUAUCCCUUUUGUUGGAUUUGGAUUCCUGGAUAACUGCAUUAUGAUCGUAGCUGGAACACAUAUUGAGUUAUCCAUCGGAGUGAUCCUCGGCAUUUCAACUAUGGCAGCUGCUGCUCUUGGCAACCUGGUGUCUGAUCUGGCAGGACUAGGGCUGGCAGGUUAUGUGGAGGCGUUGGCGUAUCGGCUGGGAAUGAAGAUUCCUGACUUAAGCCCCAAACAGGCAGACAUGUGGCAGACCAGAGUCAGCUCUCAUGCGGGCAAAGCCAUCGGUGUUGCCAUCGGCUGUAUCCUUGGCAUGUUUCCUCUUUUCUUCUUCAAGGACGAUGAUGAGAAGAAGAAGAAGAAGAAAGGCAAGGCGGAAGCGAAGGAGGAAACACAACCACCUCCUGCUCCAACAGAAGACUGAAGCUUACAUCUCCACGGAGAGAAAUACUAUUUGAAAUCCAUUACAAUACUUUAAAGUGGGACUGAUUGCGCUUGUCUGGUGGACUGCAGUGUAUGAACAUGUCUUUGAACCAUUACAGACUAAUCACUGGGUACUUUACAAGACCCAGUCAAACUAAAGGUAUUCAAAGGAUGGUUUUAGAUAUUAUUUCAUUGUAGACUUUGAACUUGAGCACAGGGACAUGACUGUCUCUUGAAGAGACAAUAAAUGAUUGAUUCAUUAGAGUGCUGCUACUCCAACUGUAACACCGUAACCUCCUCUUCACUGACCCACAUGAGCUGAAACUAAUUAAUGUUAAAACACACGGCAGUGACCUCUUCCCCUCCUUCCAGGCUGUUAUACAAUCAUCUGACUAGAGAUGGCUAGAUGGAAGGUAGAUGCACAAAGCUUUUUGACGUUGAAGGUUCCUCAUAUAAUGUCUGAAACCCUCAUCUGAAUUCAUGGAGGAAUACUUAACAAAGAGGCAUGCCAAUGUCUUUAGUCAGCAGUGUUACACUUAUUGUUAAUGAGUAUUUGAAGGUAAUGAGCCAAGGAAUAUUUUUGCAUAUAAAGAUGCACCCUUUCAUCAAGUACAUUACUCUUCUGUCUUACAAGCAUGUCUGCCUUUUAAUGAUAACAAUGUCUUAAUAAGUCCUGCCUGCCUCAUUCACACUCCAUGACAACCAGUCAGCUGCUUUUUGUGAAAAUAAUCAGUACUUGUUUAGAUUUGUAUGUUUCUUGUUGAUGACAAACUUUAUAUUGAUCCCUCAAAUGAGUAACAUGCACCCAAUUUCCCCAUUUAUAAUGAGUGUUACAAGGUAGAUGCAGUUUGUUUCCUAUCUCAGAGGAGUUGAGCAGAAAGGAGACGAACACAGAGAGCAGCCGUCCUCUGGCUCCAGUACCACCCGAUUCAUCUCCUCGCCAACCUGCAGCUGAACCACAACUCACUCCCAGAGCAGCUUCUGUCCUGCAAGGGCAGCCUAGAACAUUCAGCCCAGUGCAUAGUUUCAAUUUGACUUCAAAGUAAAUAAGAAGAUUGUUUCCCUGUUUGUUUUCUAGAUGCUUUUUAAUUCCAACACUAUUUCACUUCUAUCCUAUAUAAUAUUGUCUCUGCUCUGCUGCCCCCUUCUGGCUGAAAUUCAGAGAAAGUUAAGUUUACUGUCAUUUAGCAUAAGCAUUUAUUUUUCUGUUAGUAUUAAAGCCUCUCAUGUCUCGCCUGUAAGUUCCACCGGCUAUAAGUAACCAAAUUAUCGCCAAAACAUUCAUUUGUCAUAUUUCUCAAUGCAAGUAAUCUGCAUCAUUCAUCAGACAUGAAGACAGGUUUAUUCGGACACAUUUGAUGAGACACCUCCAUCCAUCCAAGUCUUCAUUCAGCUGUCACGGAGUUCCUAAUGUACCUUUUGAAUGUUGUGUUUGUCACCAGGUUGCUCAGCUCAUCAGAAAUGCAGUCACUUGUUUAUAGCAUUGAAUCUGUUUGCAAGUUGAAGAAAUGAAAGGAAGCUGCCACAUGUCACUCUCUGGAAAACUUGCAGAAAAUGUAUUUAUUUUUGUUAAGAUAUUCAGACUUGUAUUCAUAAAAUGUUCUCACUGUAUGUUCUCUUUAUCUGGAAGGAAAAUGUUAAGAAUAGAAAAUAUUUGUCGGCACACAAACCUUUGUUAGUAUAUUUUCAGCAGCAUUAUACAACAGGAAGGACUUCUAAUUCAACCGACUCCUCUCUAUGGUACGGUCCAUAACUAACUUUCUGAAGACUGACCCUGUCUGAGAUGUUCUAGUUAUUUAUUAUGUGGGUAACAGUGAUCCUUAACAGUGAUAGCAAUGAAGAAAAGAACUGAAGAUAUUUAUGUAGUUAGGGUUUUUGAUCUGAUUGCUUGAUUUCCACCCUGCAUGCACUGCUAAUAAAAGAAACAGAAGUGUA